AUUGAAUGUUGAAAAGGUCUUUUUGUAACAAUAAUACUUUGUGUGAUCUUGACCUAUGCCCGUGAGCUCGUGAUUGCUCAAGUGUGCUCAAGUACUUAGUCAAAUUUAUUUACAAGUCGACUCGGUAGCGUGCAGUGAUGGAGCUCCGUUAUAUUUUACUUUUUAUUUUCCUUGUGUUCUGUGAACCCAGCACGCAGUACAGAUUUUCACAAAAAUUUCGCGGGAACUAUCAGAAACAUCCACGAGUUCAGAAUUUCGAAUCAGCGAAAUACAAAUAUGAGAUUAAAACAAUUGACAUGCCGGUGGAUCACUUCAGUUUUUCAGUAUCGAAUACAUUUAAAUUGCGUUAUCUUGUAAAUAACACUUGGCAAAAGGCAGAGAACCCACCUAUUUUCUUUUAUACUGGAAAUGAAGGCAAUAUAGAGACGUUUGCUCAAAAUACAGGUUUUAUGUGGGAGAUAGCACCAGAAUUUGAAGCCUUAUUAAUCUUUGCUGAACAUCGUUAUUAUGGAGAGUCUAUGCCCUAUGGCAAUAAAUCUUAUGCUGAUACUAAUCAUUUGGGAUAUCUAACAUCUCAGCAAGCCUUAGCAGAUUACAUUGAUUUGAUUCAGUAUUUGAGAUCUAAGUCAGAAUACAAACAGAGUCCUGUUAUAGCUUUUGGUGGUUCUUAUGGUGGUAUGCUCAGCGCAUGGAUACGAAUGAAAUACCCUCACAUUGUACAAGGCGCGAUCGCAUCUUCAGCUCCAAUAUUGCAAUUUACCGGAAGUGUAGAGUGUGAUUCCUUUGCACGCAUAGUUAGUUUAGAUUUUAAAGCAGCUGAUCCAAAUUGUGCUGAGCUUAUUCGUAAAUCGUGGGGCGUUAUUACUAAUAUAACGUCAACAGAUGAAGGCAAGAAGUGGUUGUCGGAUAAUUGGGAAUUAUGUCAACCGCUCAAAAACACAAACGACGUCGAACAAUUAAAAGCAUAUUUAGAAGAUGUUUACGGAAAUCUUGCUAUGGCAAAUUACCCAUACGAAGCUAGCUUUUUAGCACCUUUACCUGCUUACCCUGUUAACGUUGUGUGUAGCCAUUUAACGAACGAAUCGUUAACGGGAACAGAACUAUUACUAGCAGUACAGAACGCAGUUAAUGUGUAUACCAAUUAUACAGGCGAAAUGAAAUGUUUGGACGUAAACAACUCUACUCCUCUAUUAGACGCUGGUGGAUGGCCUUUUCAAUCAUGCACUGAAAUGGUGAUGCCUAUGUGUACGAAUGGAGUGAAUGAUAUGUUUGAACCCCAUUCGUGGAAUUUCGAUGAAUACAGUAAAGAUUGUGAAAAACAAUUUUCUGUGAAACCCCAGCCAAACUUAGCAUGUGAACAAUAUGGAUGUGAACGUUUAUCAACCGCGACAAAUAUUGUCUUUAGUAAUGGUUUAAUGGAUCCAUGGGCUGGCGGCGGUGUAAUCCGAAACUUAUCUGCUUCGGCAGUCGCGAUAAUAAUUCCAGAAGGUGCACAUCAUCUUGAUUUAAGGGCAAGCAACCCUAGCGAUCCUUUCAGCGUUGUUUUAGCCCGGAGUUUCCAUCGCUCCUUUAUUAAACAAUGGAUCACGGAUUACAGUAAAAAUGAAUAGAUUAGACUUUAACUGAAUAUGCGUUUAAAUUAUUGCCUAUGUACAUGAAUUAUACUAUUAUUAUUCUGUAAAGGCUGAGAAACAUAUCUACAUUUGUAGAAAAUGAGUAUGUAUACAUAUUUUCAUAAUUA